AUGACAAAGAGAGAUAUAAGCUCCAGUGACGAGGAAGAUGAAAUACAGCCAGAUGACUACGACGAUUUUGAGUUCGUAGACUCGGAUGAAGAGGAACUUGAUGGAGCCGAAGAAGAGGAGUAUGGAGAGGAAUCAGAUAUUUCGUUUGAAUCAGAUGAUGGGGAACUUUUCGACGGAGAAAAGUCUUUGACGACUCCACAAUCAAAGACUAUUGAUGAUUCAGUGAGUAUCGGAUACAAUGGAACUGCAUACCAUGCAUGGAGCAUGGACAAUUUUAUCCAGACUCAUUUCCUUAACUCGUUAAAAAAGUUACAGAAUUUUAAUUUGGAAGGUUGUUCGGAUAAUGACUUGUUGACUAUGUUGUACGUGAAAAAAUGGCAACUGGAUGUGGUUUUGGAUGCAUACUUUGGCGACAAAAACAAUUUUAUGGAACAAUGCGGUCUACCGUGCAAAUCCAACAACACUUUUGAGACAGUAGAAGAUUUCACUUGCUUUAUUUGUUGCGACACCUACGAGUCAACCCAAGUUUAUUCCUUAACGUGCAAGCAUCAAUUCUGCAUUCAGUGCUAUUAUCAGUACAUCAUGAACGAAAUCAACAAUGGCCGUUUGAUAACGUGCAUCGAUCCAAGUUGUAAAUAUACCAUUCCGUUUCAAGACAUUGCUCGUAUCAUUGCUAUCGUUGAAGCUGACAAGACAUUGAUUGUUGCCGAAAAACCUCUUCGCGAGAAUCCAAUGCUUAUAACCGCGGUUAGAGAGUGGGUUGACACAAGAAAUACCUUCAAAUGGUGUCCUGCUACUGACUGCGCCAGCUUUACCGAAAUUGCCGAUAUAUCAUCCAUUAAAGAUGGCACUGGAUCCAUUGACUUGACCCUAAUUCCGAUAGUCGGAUGUGCUGAACGCCACGAAUUUUGCUUUGAUUGCAACUACGAAAACCAUCUCCCAUGUCCUUGCUGGUUGGUCAAGGCGUGGGUGAAGAAAUGUGAAGACGACUCUGAAACAGCAAAUUGGCUUGAUGCCCACACGCAUUCCUGUCCCAAAUGUCACACGUCUAUUGAAAAGAAUGGCGGUUGCAAUCACAUGACGUGCAGAAAGUGUAAGCACGAAUUUUGUUGGAUAUGUUUUGGUGAUUGGAGCAGUCACUCAAACAAUUACUCGUGUAAUCGGUUCCCAGACAAUGCAAAGGAAGACACGGCAAGGAAAAACAAGAGCCGAGCUACUUUGGAAAGAUAUUUACAUUUUUACAAGCGGUACGCCAUUCACGAAUCUUCAAUGAAGGGUGAUCUAAAGACGUUACAGAAAAUUGAUGAUGUUACAAAGCUCUACAUGGAGGAAGUUAGGAAAAAGGGUCAACACAACCUUUCAUGGAACGAUGUACAGUUUCUCCCUGAUGCAAUGAGAGCCUUGCAGAAUGGUAGAAAGACUUUGAAAUGGACGUACUGCUUUGCAUUUUAUUUGGUCAAGCUGAACUUUUCCGAGAUAUUUGAGACCAAUCAAGAUUUCCUAAACAAGACGGUUGAAGAUUUAUCGGAAGUAUUUGAGAAGAUAAUUGCUAUUGAUAAGCCUGACAAAGUGGAGACUAUUUUGGAAAAAAAGAAGGACAUUAUCAAUCUUGCUGAGUUUGUCAACAUGAGGAGAAAGACUUUGGUCAAGAGUGCCGAAGAGAAUUUGAAAAACAAAUUGCUUCGUCUUGAACCUGUGUAA